CCCUGCUCAUUAUUGUUUGGACCAUUUGCACCUGCGCUCCCGCAAGAGAGGCCACCUCACCAAAUAAGGGCACGUGAGCGACCACUGCAGGGAUGACGUCGAAGGGGCGAUUACAAAAGAACCGGAGAGCGCGCACGGUUGAGAUGUGGACCUGAACCGGAGGGGGGGCACGCGGGGUCUAAUCUGCUUACGGAAGAAGCCAUUCAACUUGCGGAAAGUCUCUGCGCUAAUCCGCUGAAGUAUUCAUGUUCAGCUGUCCCGCGGCGGCGCAUCACACGGGGCGCGCGCACGCACGCACGCACGCGCGCGCACUUGUGGCUCAUACGCGGGCCGUAUGAAAUACGAUAAACGUGCAUACGUGUAAACGUGCCUCUGCACAAGUCGCCGUGCGUCACGUUGCAGGAUCGAACUGGCGGUUUGUGCUGUCUGCGCCCGUGACGAUGCGCUGACGCGCCUUCUAGCGGCACCACCCCGGAGGAGAGGAGAGGAGCGGGGAGGGGAGGAGCGGGGAGGGGAGGAGAGGAGAGACGAGAGGAGUAGUGUGCAGACGGAACGAGCGAGGCACCGACUGGGAGCCCGCUUCGCGCUUUCUUCUUCUCCUGCCCUGACACGCCGUGGACAGACGCCCCCCUUCCUCCCCCCCCCCGGCUGUGCAAGUCCCGGGGACGACAUUUGACGGCAGAAUUCCUGCCUCCCCCCUCCCCUCCCCGGUAGCAUCACCGGGGCUCUUCUGCAGAGAUGGAGGUACCAGGCUUGGCGCACAACAUCACCAGUCCGUUGAGUCCCUGCGAGGGGAUGAUCAAGGACCUGAGCUUGGACGCCUUACAGUUAUGCGAGCGAGAUGGUAGUAUCUCCGAGAUGGAGGAGCUUCCUGUUCCUCAGAACAUCAAGAUCAGCAACAUCACCUGUGACUCCUUCAGGAUCUGCUGGGACAUGGAGCCGCGCGGCAAGGAGCGCAUCACACACUACUUCAUUGACCUGAACAAGAAGGAGAACAAAAACUCCAACAAGUUCAAACACAAGGAUGUUCCUACCAAGCUGGUAGCCAAGGCAGUGCCGCUGCCCAUGACGGUCAGAGGUCACUGGUUCCUGAGCCCUCGCACCGAGUACACCGUGGCGGUCCAGACGGCAUCAAAACAGACCGACGGGGACUACGCCAUCUCCGAGUGGAGCGAGAUCAUCGAGUUCUGCACUGCUGAUUAUUCCACAGUGCACCUAAACCAGCUGAUGCAAAAGGCCGAGGUCAUAGCCGGCCGGAUGCUGCGCUUCUCCGUCUUCUACCGGAACCAGAAUAAAGAGUACUUUGACCACGCCAGGGAGGCGCAGGACAACCGGAUGCUGCAGUCGGUGAAAGACAACAGCGGCAGCCACGGGUCGCCCAUCAGCGGCAAGCUGGAGGGCCUUUUCUUCAGCUGCAACACCGAGUUCAACACGGGCAAGCCCCCGCAGGACUCCCCGUACGGCCGCCACCGCUUUGAGGUCAAGGCCGACGCGCUCUUCAACCCCGACACCAACCUUUACUUCGGAGACUUCUACUGCAUGUACACAGCCUACCACUUUGUCAUCCUGGUCCUGGCGCCGAAGGGCUCGGCGGGAGACGAGUUCUGCAAGCAGAGGCUCCCCGCGCUGGACAUCGCCGACAACCGCUUCCUCACCUGCAAGCAGGGGGAGGAGGGCGACGGCAGCCUGGUGUUCCACCACGCCCAGGACGUCAUCCUGGAGGUGAUCUACACGGAGCCCGUGGACUUGGCGUCGGGCACGGUGGCCGAGAUCAGCGGGCACCAGCUGAUGAGCAUGUCCACGGUGAACGCCAAGAAGGACCCCAGCUGCAAGACCUGCAACAUCAGCGUGGGGCGCUAAGGAAAAGGCACAUUUUAGGACGGGGGGGGGGUGGAAGGGCUGGGGGGGGGGGGAGUAGCAUCGACCGACCUCUAAACACACACACAGUAAGUCCACAUGUUCUCAUGAAGCAGAACAAAAACAUGCAUGAAGCAGCAGAUUUGAAAGGCUCCCAGAUGUGUCCUCUGAGGAGACCUCCAUUCCCAAAGAAGAGAGGAGGGAACACACGCUCUGCCACCUGCACCACCGUCUCCUCAUCUAAAAAGGGUUGCCCUACAUGUAAAAAAAAAAAAAAAGAAA